GCCAUUUAACCCUCCUGCCGCCGCCGCCGCCGGGCAGUGAGCGCCCGCCCGCCGCCCCGGGAAGCGCCGGCGGCGUCUCCUCCACGGGAACGACCGCGCUCUAUCCCCGACUCGCCGGCCGCUCCGCCCGCGGCGUGGAGGCAAGGGAUGAUGUUCCUGCUGUGAUGCUGCGCCUGCUGCCGGCAGCCGGAGGAGUUCGGGAGCGGCUGUCCCUGGAGGCAGGCUGGCUCCCCGCCGCCCCUCUCCUGAGGCACGAGGUGUUCUUGGAAAACGUGCUGGCACUUUGGAGCUGAGAAGGGACAUGAGGAGUAAAAGGACCCUGGAUCUCACUGGUCAGAAUGAAACAGAUGUUGAAAGAUUUUUCAAAUCUGUUGUUAGUAGUGCUCUGUGACUACGCUACGUUGAAUCUAGCUGAUUACCAUAUAGAGAAAUUCAUCAUUUUGCCCACUAUCAAAGAAGCAAAACCCCAGCAACUUACGGCCAUUUCACUUGGAAACUCUAACACAGCUGUGGGAACUUCAUCUUUGUUAUAGUGCUCACAGUGGCCUGGGACAUGCUUUCUGCUGUCGUUACAAAGACUUGCCUAGAUCCGGUCCAGAUCUAAAUCCUUGCAGAUGACUUAGCAAUGAGAUUCUCUGAAGGGUCAAGUGUGCCUCAACUCCUGCUGGCCCUUCUUGCCAGCCCCAUACAACACUGUGCAUGCUCCAGCCCAGGGCAAGAGUUCUCCAACAUUAUUGGACACAAAAGUUAGUUGUCCUGUGCUCCCUGAUGGAAUGCUAGCACCGAGCAAGGAAAGUGGGAAUGUGCUGGAGUUAAUCGCAGGCCCAAGGAAGAGCAGAAGAUAAAAGAGCUAUAAGUUCUCGGCGAAGUGGAGUAUCUCCUGUUGGAGCACCCGGAUCAUGUAGCCUUCAGCAAUGACACAGUGUCUGUGGAAUAUCAGUACUACAGUGGUGGUAAUGUGACAGCAGAGCAUGUGUCCAUCCUUUUGCUGGAUGCCAGCACCAGUGAGAUAAUUGCAAGAAAACAGCUUCCAGCAAAUCAGUCCCAGGGGACGGUGGUGUUUGAGUGUUACCAUUUCAAGAGUGCUGGUGAUUUCUUGUUCAGAAUGGUCUCUCCCAGUGACAACAGCAGUGCUACCCAGUGGAGCAGAAGCAGCAUGUCCACCCUCCGUGUGGAAUGGCCUGUAUUUCACAUUGAUUUGAACAGGAGUUCAGAGGUGCUUGGGAACUCCCUUAAGGUUGGACUUUUUACAAAUGAGCAGUUAUGUGCCAUGAACAAGACUGUGGUUUCACUGGAUGUAAUAUUCACCAGCACCCUUUAUGAAUUCAGAAGAGUAAGCUCUGAUGAAACUCUGGGCAUUAGAACUAGCAAAGGAUUCCCCCUGUCUAGGUCCCAGUGGGUAGAGUUUGAUUGCCCACCCAUUGGUCAAGAAAUAUACAUCACUGUGUUACUGAAAUCAUUAGAAACACAUUCCAUCAUCGCCUCCAUAGGACCUGUAGAUCUCCUCCACAAAUUUGGAUACAGACUGGUUGUGGCAGCAGAAGACACAUGCAAAACUUUGGUUCAGGUCUUCGUAAUAUCUCCACCGUGCACUUCUAUCAAUGGAAAAAUCGUUGUUUAUAAAGAGGCUCUCAAGCAUCCGAGUCAAAGAACAACUUGGCUGUAUGAAAACAUCCUUCACCCAGGAGACAACAGAACAGAAUUUAACUGCACUUUGUUUGAUGUGGGGAAGAACAAAUACUGCUUUGACCUCCUCCACUUCUCAAACCGAAGCUAUUUUCCAGCAAGAGUUAAGGAGUGUAUUCUGAUCCAAAGGAAUAUAGAAACGUGGAGCCGGUGGCAGCCCUGGAGCCCGUGCAGUGUCACCUGUGGGGACGGCAUCCGGGAGCGCUUCCGAGAGUGCCUCACCUCCUCGCCGGCAAAACCAGGCUGCGCGGGAUCACCGAGGGAGACUUCCCUGUGCUCGCUGGAGGAGUGUGUGUCUGUCCAGCCUCCCACCCCACCUUCUGUUCAGCCAGGAGAGGACCAGAAAGCAAAUAAUAUAGUUACCAUCACAGGAAUCUCACUGUGUUUGUUCAUCAUCUUUGCCACUGUUCUUAUCACCCUCUGGAGGAAGCUCUGCAGAGCUCAGAAAUGCAGCACCGCUGUUCGACGGAACUCUGUCCAUUCCCCUGGCUUCCGGAAAAACUCUGACGAGGAGAACAUCUGCCAAGGCAACAAGCAACGGGACAGCUUUGCUGAAGGGGGAGACGCCCCUGUCAACAUUCCCCUAACUUACAGGCGAAGCCUCCAAUUUGCCCAAGAAGAUGAUGCCUCUGGAAGUGAAAACUUUCAGCCAAAUGCCCAAAAAAUAAUCCCUCCAAUUUUCAGCUACCGCCUGGCACAGCAGCAGCUGAAAGAGAUGAAGAAGAAAGGCCUGACAGAGACCACUAAGGUGUACCACGUCUCUCAGAAUCCUCUCACGGACACGGUUCUUGGUGCCACCAUGAUGCUUCCCCUGAGCGGGGAAAACCAAGAGGAGGCAGCAGCAAACAAAUUUCAGAUCAAAUCUCCAUUUCUGGAACAGCCAGCCAGUCAGCCCAAGUUCCUGGGAGAAGGCUCUCACUCUAGGCUGGAUUUUCCAUUCUCACAGGCCAAUCCUGCAAUGAACCCUACCCAAACCUUGGUCAGAAGAGGUCAUUUCAAGCACCAGGAUAACAGGGUGGACUUGCCUGAGAGGGGCUGUCAUAGAAACUCACAGUUCAGAAGAACAGCCAGUUUCCAUGAAACUAAAAAGGCCAGGCCUUUCAGAGAGAGAAGCAUGUCCACUCUCACACCCCGACAGACUCCUCUCUACAACUCCAGGACCAGGACAUGGGACCAGGGUCUGGAGGACAGGAUACGGCCAAAAUCAAGAAACACUAAUCCGGCUUGUGAAAAGCUGGAUCAGCCCCACAGCACUGUACUGGCGUGUGAACCACAGGGCCAUGGCACAAAGACCCACCACAGGGCAGGGCCCCCAGUGAGGAAGCUGGACCUGAUCACAGACCGCCAGCCUGCUGGUCAGGAGAAGGCAGCUGAGAAGCCUGAGCCCAGCCGAAGUAAGAGGGGCCCUUCACCUAACCCCAAAGGUGUGUGGCGGAAAGAAACAGGCCCAAAUGGCAAAGAUAAUUCCCAGAGAGGCCUAAGUGUCAGCCCUGCCCAGUAUCGAAGGGACAAGUGCCAGAGCUUCCCCUUGGACCCUGAGUUUGCCUUUUAUGACAAUUCUACUUUUGGCUUAACGGAGGCAGAGCAGCAGAUGAUUGACCUCCCUGGGUAUUUUGGCUCAAAUGAAGAGGAUGAAACAAGUACUCUGAGCAUUGAGAAGCUGGUGAUCUGAGUGACUCAUUGCGGCGCUGCAGGAGUGGCGUGCGUGGGAGAGGAUCUGCAGGAUCGGUUGGCUUCUGGUGGAAGAAAGAGCAGGAAUCAUGUUACUUCCACACACAGCAGGAGGGAAUAAUGCCCUGGGUCUGGCUUGUGGGAACAUACUCCUUUCAAAUUACUGAAAAGUGCUUUCAUAUAAUUUUUUUCUUGUAUGUGUGUACAAGACACACAAAGUACCCUGGGAAAGAAUGUGUUAGGUAAGGUGUGGCACAGGAAUAGCCAAUAGAUUUUAUUGUGUAAAGCAGUCAUGUUUUGUGCAUCAUAUAUGCCACUGACAUUUCCCACCUUGUGCACUGUGUACUGGUAGACUGUGAGAUACUGAUGCAUCCACUGUCCAGCACCCUCAACCAUCUGCCCUGGUUAGUGAAUCAUUUCUCAUCUAGAAAACACAAAACUCAAGCUGUGGGAAGUUUUCAUCAUUUUUCUGAUAGUGAUCAGUGAACUGCGUUGAUUUGUCAUUGUUGCUCAUAUGGUGGGGAGUUUCUAGCUGGUUGCAUCAAAGUGCAAACAACUGAUGCUGAAUACUGGGUGAAUUUAAAAUUGAGGAGGCAUUUUCAUCAUUCAAGACUUUGAUAUUUUCUUACUGUCAAUAUUUAUAUCAAGAAAACAAUAGACAAAUAUUUGCAGGAAAUUAGUACAAAAGGCAUGCGACAGAGAGAGCCAAGAAAAUGGAUGAUCAAAUUUUAGUCCUCACAGAAAUGUUACCACAGCAUGUUACCUGUAAAAAGCAGUGAGAGAACUGUUGAAUUAUGCAUCAUUUCCAUAGUCAUCCUUUCCUUUAUUAAAAUUUUUAAAUGUAAAUAUAUUGACAAUAAUACUACUACAGCAAGCUCAAAAUAAAUUAUGAACAAAACCA